AAGCUGGUGGGCUGAACAGUAUGUUUGUCAUGAAUGCCAGAAAGAGAGAAAGAAAGAAGCCACGAGGUGAUAAAAGGAAGUAGAAAAAAAUGGGUGUGGCCAACCAACGGUUCAAUUUUGCAACAUCUGGACUGUUGGACGCUGAGAACUGAAACAGCUUUUUCAUCAUGGCAAUUAAGGUGGCACAUCAUGUGACCAGUCCAUCUGUCCAUCCAUCCCUCCAUCUAUCCAUGAUCUAUACCCUUUAUCCGUCAGAGUCUCUGGGGAAGCUGGAGCUGACUUUAGCUGGAAGGCGGGGUCUGAGAGUCUGGGCAGGAAGUGCACUAUUACUGCUCCUCUACUCCUUCAGAGCUGAUGGAAAUGAUUCGCUGUCACUGGAUGCCCAAACUUCACAACCUUCUGUCACCACAGACCUUACAUCAGCUGAGACAGAUGGAGUGAAAGCAACCGACCUUAGAAUAACUGCAUCACCCCUCGAUGUCCAGCACACUAAUGAGAUAACUGCAGGCGUUACAGUCACUGUUCCAGUGAGUUCCAUGAACCCAGACAGCAAUGAAAAUGAGAUCAAUGCCACUGCGGAAACAACACGAGCUACACUUGCCACCACAGUUCCAGUGACCACCACCCCAAAACAUAGCAACACUCCGGAUACAAAAUGGGAUGAUAAAUGGGAUGCGCCCUUCAUAUAUGAUUAUAGCUCAUUGAGGCAAGGAGGGCUAAUUAUUGCUACUGUGCUCUUCCUGUUGGGCAUCAUGGUGAUUACAUGUGGGAAAAUGAAAUGUCGCCAUCGUUGUCGCACAGGCAGAGGAAGAUCGUAUGAUGUGACCAGGAUGUAACUCAGACAAAAAAAAAAACAACGGGGAGCAUCAGCAUGGGACAGCCAUUCACUCAGACCUGUUCACACUGCAUGGUGUGUGUGUGUGUGUGUGUGUGUGUGUGUGUGUGUGUGUGAGAUUUAUUCAUAAUAAUUGUAUAUCAGGCAUGUCGGAAAUAUUUUCUUCCAUGAGCGUCAAUGUGUGUACCUGUGCAUGUGUAAAUUUGCACAAUAUAAACCUCGUUUGUAACACAAGACAUGAAGGGGAAUAGGGAUGUGUGCCAUCAUGCUGCACCAUAGGGCAUCCACUCCCAGACAAACCACACACACCUCUGACUCACACUUCUCUCUCUCUCUCUCUCUCUCACACACACACCUCUGAAUGUUGGACUCUGUCUGCUCUCUGGGCUGUCAUGUUUUUACACUGCUCUUUGUCUGAGUUUCCUUUCAUAAUACACACAGAGUUUAUCACUCUUAUUAAUGGAGAAAAAAGGCUUUUGUGGCUCAAAAGUGCCCUCAAGAGGACUAAAAUCAGUUUUGGCACAAAACCAAUAAGUUUGAAUUUUCAAAGAAGGAAAUAAAGUUGUUUUAUACGGAUGAA